AUGGAUUCAAUCAAUAAGAUCUUCAAUUUCGUGUUUCCUCCUUUAGCAUUGUACGGACUUUUCGUCUUCUACCCAAUUUAUCAGAGGUUGAAGUCCGCCGUGUCCAUCUGCCGGAAUCUUUUCUCGGAAAAUGUUACCGGAAAAGUGGUUCUAAUCACCGGAGCAGCUUCUGGCAUAGGAGAGGCUUUAGCAUAUGAAUACGGGAAGAAAGGUGCAUACUUAGCACUUGUUGAUAUAAGAGACGAACCUCUCUUCCACGUCGCAGCUCUCGCUGAGCUCUAUGGCUCCCCUGAAGUCAUCCCCAUGGUCGCCGAUGUUUCAAAACCUGACGAUUGCGAACGUUUUGUUCAAGCCACGGUUCUUCAUUUUGGCCGAUUGGAUCAUCUAGUCACAAAUGCAGGAGUUGCUCCAGUCUAUUUGUUUGAAGACAUCGACGAUAUUUCCAAGGCAUCACCAGCUAUGGACAUCAACUUUUGGGGAUCUGUCUAUUGCACCUUCUUUGGUUCUCCUUACUUAAAGAAGUCUAGAGGAAGAAUUGUGGUGAUUGCUUCUGGAUGUGGAUACAUUGCUUCACCCAGAUUGAGCUUUUAUUGUGCGAGUAAAGCUGCUGUUAUCGCGUUUUAUGAAACACUAAGAUGUGAGUUUGGAUCAAAGAUCGGGGUUACCAUAGUAGCACCUGGGGUAGUUGAGUCAGAAAUGACCCGAGGCAAGUUCAUAACAAAGAACGGAGAACUCAUUGUCGACAAAGAACUCAGAAAUGUGCAAAUAAGCGUAUUGCCAGUGGAAUCAGCAGAGAGGUGCGCUAAAGCGAUACUAAGGAGCGUAGGUAACAGAUUCGUUGGGACGGUGGCUAGUGAUGGGAUGACCAGCAUUACCAAUGAGGCGAGAAGAGUUGUUGAUAGCCAACAACAAAAUUACAUUGAAGGGUAUUUAUGA